AGGCACAAUGGGUUAAUCUACCAAUCAGUUAUAAAAUCUGUAUGAAGCUGAACUGCACAGGAGCUGACCCAACCAGCUUUUACAGCAAAAAGGGGCAGAGUUUGACUAGCAUUGUGUGCCCGUUUUCAGAAAAGAGGUGGUGCUGCACUUGAACCGGCACAACAGUCGCUUGGCUGGGUUUUGCUUGUGGGCGCGAUGAAGGGGCGUGCUCCGCAUGCGUGCGUGCCACUGGUUGCUCUGUUCCAGAGAGGUUCCUUCUUCGCCGUGUUUGUACUUGUCCUGGGCAGUCACAUGGAAACGCUGCGCUCGCUGCUGUAACAGCUGCUCCUGCUUCGCUCAGCACGGUUUUGAAGAACUGCAAGUUGGCUUUACAGCCUGGUGGCUGGGAAUUGCUGCGUUACAACUCUGUUCUAGCGCAGGAGGUGUCGAGUUCAGCCACGAACCGCCUCGUGGAGAUGAAAGGGCAGAAUGAUCCUCAGCUGGAGUGGGGUUAAAGUGUGAAGGAAGAACAACAACCAGGAGAGAAGGAAGUCGGUUCAGCGGAGCCUUUUUUAUUUACUUAUUUAAAACCACCUUCCUCCACCGACUGGAAUUUGAUCAAGUUCCGGCAGCAGCAACUUCAUUAAGAAGGCAGCUGAAGAGAAGCUACCCACCAUGGAGGCAACGGUACUUCAGCCCGGGGACUGUAAACCUUCCAGCGGAAUCUGACAUUGUCAUCUGAGGCCCUUCUCUGGGUGCCAACUCUGAGGGAGUUCCAGAGGAUUGCGAUAAGAGAACAGGCCUUCUCUGUAGUAACUGCCCCAUUUAUGGAAUGAUCUCCCCAGGCUUCACUGGGCAAAGAAUGCCAGCAGGUCCAGGCUCUUAGAACUCUCAAUGGAAGAGGCUGUUGGAGGUUAUAUAAAAUGCUGUUUCCCCAGCUGUCAUGUUGCUGUUGUUGUCUUUCUGGAAUAUCAGUGACCACAUGGCAAUAACCCACCAGUCCUGGAAACGAAGAAUGAAGGCUCGUGCUCCCCCUCCACCAAACCAAACUCCCAGUUCCUGUAAAGUUAAUAAUGAACAUAAAUUAACUACGGACCUGGGAAUGCUGACUGAUAAAGGCAUGAUAAAUAUGAAGGAAAAUCUGAUUAACAGGACAGUGGAUUUUACUGUAGUUUUUCCAGAUGGAGAAGAACAGAAAAAUACUGUGCAUGGGAGUAAAGCUGUGAUGGACCUGUUAGUUGAAUUGUGCAGCCAGCACCAUUUAAAUCCAGCUCAUCACACUCUUGAGCUGCAGUCUCUGGAGACCCAACAGACUUUGAAUUAUAAGCCAAAUACCUUGAUAGGUUCGCUGGAUGUAUGGAAGAUAUUUCUGAAGGAGAAGGUUCCUGAAGGAAAGACCAAGCAGCCUCCUCCACUCAAAAUUCCUGAGAAAACCAUGAGGCUGGUAGUAAAUUAUCUCAAGACACAAAAGGCAGUGGUUCGAGUGAGCCCUGAGGUGCCUCUCCGCAGUAUAAUCCCAGUGAUUUGUGAAAAAUGUGAGGUCAGUCAGGAAUACCUUGUCCUCUUGAGAGAUACCUUCACUGGAGAGGAAUUGGAACUUACAAAGUCAUUGAAUGAACUGGGGAUAAAGGAGCUCUAUGCAUGGGAUAGGAAAAGAGUUCUUCCAUCAAAAGCUCAGUCUGAACCUUCUCUGAACAAUAGAGAAACAAGAUCUUCAACUAGCUGCAACACAACAGAAAAAGAAAAACAAUUUCUGAGAUUUUUCAAGACUAAUAAAAUAAACAUUCAGGCAGAAGAAUACUUGAUGAGGAUGGAUAGGGAUUCUGUCAGUGAAGGUCCUUUAAAAUCCACCACAGAAACUGAGCAAAAUGUUGAUGGAGUUACAACAGCUCCAGAUUCUCCUUCAGUGAAUUCAUGUUCCUCUGUGUUGGGUCCAUCAUUGUCUCUUGGGAACAUCUCAGGAAUUACUGCAAGCACUGAAAUCAAAAAGCGGAGAGCUCCUCCUCCACCAGUACUGAUUCCACAGGUGGAGAGUGAAGAGACAAGCGAACAAGAAAAAACACAGAGUCAGGUGUCCCAAAGCUCAUCACAAAAUGAAUUACAGAAGAAAAAGAGACGUGCUCCUCCCCCACCAACUCCUACCAUACAAAACAGGACAGAAGAAAUGGAAGAAAAGAGGAAAAGCACCGUUGGUAAUGGACGGCAUGUGCCACAAAAGCCUCCUAGAGGCAACACACGUGGUCCACCCCAGUUAGUGAUUCCCCCGCCCCCACCAUACCCUCCUCCUGACAGAGAUACUGUGGAUCCAACUGUAUUGUACAGUGAAGCAGAUGUUACAGAUGCAACCAAGCUGGUACCUAAACGCAAUUUACAGCUUUCACAUGAUGUUUCUAGCAUGGAAAAUGUAGUUCUGGAACUGGCAGAAAUAGAGGAUACUAUCUCUCUUAGCAGCUGCUUUGCCUCAGAGGACACCACAGAAGAUUCAGGUGUUAUAAGUUUCCCCUCUGAUAUUUUAUCACUGGGUUCUCAAAGUGACAGUAUGAAGUCAAGAGACAAGUCCACCCAUGACCAGGAGACCUUGACUGAAAUGAAUUCCAUGUUUGUUGCACAAUCACGUUCUGUAAAGAAUACUUCCUCCAACAGUGAUGAAUCUGGAAACAUUUACCAAAGCAGGGAUGAGGACGGAAUGAUGGAAGCUAAGUUUGAAAAUGCAGAUGUGUUCAUAGCUGCAUUGGACAAAAAUCUAACAGCGAUGGAGAGUAUGCAUGAUGAUUCUGAAAAUGGAUCUGUAUCUAGUGAGAUGAAUGGCGCAUCCCUCCCUCUUUCACAGAAUGCUGAUUCUGCUCAAGAUGUUUCCGUUCCUGUGCCAGUGACAAUAAUAGAUGAAGUUCCUGAAGCUGAUAUUCCAAUGGAUCCUGUUAUCCUAGAGAAGCAGAGUAAUGAAAAUAAUAAUGCUGGAUCUUUCACUAAGGGUAACAUAGAUGGUAGAUCUCCCUGUUUAUCCAAAAGCUUAUUACAACAGCAGUCAACUGAAGAAGAGAUCGGGCACCAAACUGAAGAAAAGCACAUAUGUGCAUUUGAGACACACAUAUCUUCAUGUGAAAAAAGGAACAUGAAGGAUGCAGCCCUGGAAAUCAUCUCAAAAAAUGGCAUCAAUUCUGAAGAAUGCAAAGUGAUGACUUCUAACUUCAGUUCUGUGAAUGAAGGUAAUGGAAAAAAGGAGAAAGUAAAGAAAUUAAAUGAGGAAAAUACCAAGGAGGGGCUUCCAAACAAAAUUAAAACUGAAUUGAAAUUCGGAUAUGCAUCAGCAAAAAGUCCUGAUCAGAAGAAAGAUAGCUCCUCACCAUCUCUAUGGUGUUAUCGUGUUCACAAUGGAGUUACAAACUAUGAGCCUAAAAUAGGCCUCACAACCUUUAAAGUUGUACCUCCCAAACCUCAAGUAAAAUAUUUUGACAGACAGACAUCUGUUUCUACUGGUGCCAUUAAAAUAGAUGAAUUAGGCAACCUGGUGACUCCAAAUGCUGGUGGUAUUAAAAAGAUCACAGUAAAUACAAGUUCAAGUGAAACAGAGGAAACUCUCAUUGGGAGAGCGAAAGCAUACUGGCAAUCAAAAUCUAUGAAAACACAACUGGAGGAGUUUGCAGUAGGUUCUUCUACCAAGUCUGUAGCCAUCACCAAUUUCAAACCUCUCAGUAAAAUAACUGAAACAAAGCAGGAUUGCCUUACACAUCUGAAGGCAGCAACGUCACCGCUAGUUGGUUCUAUUACAGUUGACAGUAAUGUUGGGCCAGGGUGGGGAAAGCCACCUGUUUACAUCAUGCAGUCUUCAGUUAAAACACUAAGUGUUCCAGUGGUCAAGACAGAUAAGAUGGAGCUCCCAUUUCAGAAGCCUCAAAGAACGUCAAGCCAUAAUAUAGCCUCUGCCAUUGCAAAAUACAUUGAUCCACCUGAGUCUAAAACCAACAAAAAAAGGCAUGACAAAGAAGAGAUGAAUGAUGAAAAGGGGGUAAAAACUGAAACAGAACCACUUCCCAAAAGAUGCAUUGUUGUGGCCAAAUACUGCCCAGUAGAAACACAGCCAGCAAAAACAAAAGAAUUUUCCUCUAGUAAUUGCAGCAAAAAUGCAUCAGAUGCUUUACCACUUGGUACUCAUCCCAGGAUAGGAAAUAGCACUGCCAACACCAAAUUGCUGAAUCAGAAUAACCCUACUAAUUGCUUCAGUGAGCCAUUUACCACAGCAUCUUCUAAAGAUAAUGGUUUCACAGGAGAAAAGCCCAGCUGUGGUUCAAUACAAAAUGUAAUUGUUAGAGAUACACCUUCUAUAUUGAAUGAAAGGAAGGAACAGACUGAUCAGGCUAGCUGUCCCUUCUUCCUUAGAUCACCUAAUGCUCACUCUUUUUCUGUCACUUUCAACUGUCGUGUGAAGUCAGCUAAGGAGCAUCCUAUUCACAGUGGAUCAUCAGAGUUAAAUGGAACACCUAUUGUUAAUCUUGUGGUUUCAGAAAAAGAUGGGAAACUUGACAAUGCAUCUAUAAGCAAUAAUGCAGAGUCUAAUAUCAGAGAUGAUGACACUGCCAGUGUUUUUGGGCCAAAGAAGAAGUUCAAACCAAUCAUCCAGAAGCCACUUCCAGAAGACACAUCACUACACAGUGCUUUAAUGGAAGCCAUCCGGAAUGCAGGAGGAAAAGAAAAUCUUCGGAAGAUGUCACGCAGCAUAGUUAAUGGAGCUCAGAAGAAACCAUUAUUCACAGAAUACGAGAAUGAGCGCUCUGCCCUUCUGGCAGCCAUUAGAGGUCAUAGUGGCACUUCAGGGUUGAGAAAGAUCUCCUCAUCUGCUUCUGAAGAGCUGCAGAGUUUCCGAAAAGCAAAGGUAGCCUUGCAAAACAGAGAGGUUUCUACAACAGAACAAGAGGGUUACAAGCUGCCACCUCCACUGCCGCCACCUCUACCUCCUACUCAACUGACAAUGAAAACUCCUAGGUACUUUGCAAGUCAGAUAACAGAUAGUCCAGAUCCAAGGCAGGCACUAAUGGAAGCAAUCCGCUCAGGAACUGGAGCAUUACGUUUAAGAAAGGUCCCUCUGCUUGUUUGAAUGCUGGAUGCUCCAGUCACCUAUUUGUUACGCAAUUUCUCACUCAUUCUUGUUGGUUAGAAUAGACACCCAUGGCAAAAAAAUCAAAGUACUACAUAUUAUCUUUGUUUACAAGCCAAAAUAAGUUGUAUUCUCUGAGUUUCUCUGUAUUUUUUAUUUGGUUCACAGGUUGCUACAUGGCUUCUGGGCCAAGGAUUUGGGAGUUCCUUGCCCCCCCCCAUUUGCCCCCAUAAAUUUCAUAUAUGGGCAAAAUCAAACACUUUUUCUGCGUAUCUGAAGCACAACAUUAUUUUAUUCGUAAGCAGUUUAAAAUGUGUAGGUGUUCUGAACCAUGUAGUUCAUUUGCUUUUAAUUAAAACUUUAAAGGACAGACUGUAGAUCUAUAAAAAUAGGAUGGCGGCAGGGGAAAGAAUAUGACCAAAACUCAGUGGUUUACAUUGCCAUAUGCUGAAGUCACCACUUUUUAUAAUCAAGCAAGUUUUAUUGCCCUAAACGUUCUAGCUAAGGUAGUUAUCACUAGAGAUCUAGAGAAAGGGGAUCCAUUUGAUAGCUUAUUUUAGGGGAGGGGAUAUAAAGUACAUGUAUGUUACUGCAAAUAUGUUGAACCCACAAGAAGUGAUAGUUUGAAUACUUAGGGCACAGUCUAGCACAAACUUUAACUGCUCCUGUAAGCAAGCAAAGCAUAUUAGUGAUCUUGCACAGUUCCCACUCAUUUCAUUGGGGCUUGUAUAAGAACUUUCCAGUGGAGGUGCAUAUAAAAUGCUGUUUAUAUUACUUCCUAGGGACUGCUGGUUUUAAUUUAUUUCCAAAACUGCUGCUAGUGGGUCAGGAUGCCAGACCCUUUCAGUGGGCUUGUACUCAUCCCACAUACGAAGAUUACAUUCUCAUCCAUCAAGCCCUCAACAUUUUUAAAUAACUUAAGUAAUAUAGCAAGCCUACCUCCUGUCAAAUCACCAGCCCCCCACCACUUUUUAGUUUGCAAGAUGACAUCACUGUCCUGGAAGUUCUUGUCCCUGAUGACAUUACUGGAUGUCCUGGCCUGGAAGCCGCUUCCUGGAUAUCUCAACCCAGAAAUAGAAGCUAUGUGACCUAUGAGCCCAUGAUGCCCAGUGGAUCAAUUGGGUGAGGUUUUAGUCGUCUAAAUAAAAAUAGGGUGCCUAACUACAUACCUCACAGGUGACAUGGAUUAAGCCUAAAAGGACACCUCUGAACCUGAACAUGUUCCCUAGCUUGCAGUGUUUCAUGUAAACUAAAUUGCUUUGUUGCUGCAAAUUUGCAUUGGCAUUGUAGUCAGUGUUAAAAGUCAGAGCAUUUAUGUGAAAAUAAAAUACAGAACAAAAUACAGAUUGGGCUAAAUCUGCAUUCCUGCCCAAAGUCCUCUGUUGUGCUGUUCUGCCAAGUCUGCCUUGUAGCAGGUCCUGUAGAGUUUAACAAUCAUUCUACAGGUACAAAUUUAAAUGUGGCUUUUGUAGAUACUUAGGCUUGCAACGUUCCUCCUUUUCAGGGAAUGAACAUAAAUGACACAUCUAGGAGUCCAAACCAAAAUACCCAGGGCUUAAUCAUGCCUGUAGACAUUUUAUUUAAACUUGUCCAGUCACAAAAAAAAAAAAUUAAAAUACCCAGGUCUGCAAAGUUCCCUGCCUUUAAUCCCUACUCUCUGGCUUGAAAAACAAAAUCAAGCUUGACAGAAACCCCUCAUUUUAAACCUAAGGCCUACACAAGGCUUUGUAGAAUUUAAAUAAAGGUCUCCAGACACCCCUACUAAAAACAAAAGUCCCUCUCUUUAAGCUUUUAAAAUUGCCUACAUGAAAGAGGCAUAAGAAAAAAUGUAAUACUUUUAAACUAAGCUGAAAGGGAUAAAGCACACAAUACUUUUACAGUCUAUGAGACAAAACAAGUUACAAGAGGCAAGAACAACUCAAUCCUUUGCAUCUCUAUUUUAAAAGCCUCAUUUUGCUCGAUAGUAUAGCAAGCAUGCUUGGUAUGAUAGCUUAAUUUGAAAAGUAACCAGAGUAGAGAUUUGAAACUUUUUAAAAAACACAAAAACAAUUAUCAGAACAACUUACGUGAAGAAAUUCUGUUAAUCUCUGCUAUUCUAUGGACUUUUUUAUAAUAAAAUUUUUAAAAGUUUUUUAAAAUCAUAAAAGUGGUAGGAUAUGAGAGAGAAAAGACAGAGAGACCAAGUAUACUGGUUGGAGAACUUGAGACCUUAUGUUCAGAGGGCAGUCUUUUCUCCUGGGGAAAGAUUUUCUCUCAGUUAUGUUGGUCCACUGCACCUACCCAACUGGAAUAAUGUAUAUUCUUUGUAAUGUCUUCAGGCACUGCAAACAUUUAUUGGUACAAAAGCUUCAGCUGUCAGGAAUCAGACAUGGGGUACAUUUGAUGGCCAGAUUCUCAAAAUCACCAUCAUGCAGCACUUUGUUUGUUUAUAAGUAAGCUACCAUCUGUAGUUUUCAUGCGCUCAUCAUUUAAGAGCACGGCUUUCAAAUCACAAUUGCAUUCUGUAUCAGAUCAGAGUUCACUAGGAUUUGCCUAGAUGCGAUUUUAGGAUAUGGAUCUUGUCCAGCCGUAAACACAGCUACAGGUAUGCUUCAUGUUGAAACAGAGCUCUUUCCCCUUAAAUUCAGAGGCUGUCCUUGAUCGGGUCUCAUUUUUCAUACCUCCUAGGUGUUAUCUGCCUUCUCUCUUCUGUUCUGGAAUGGAUGUUCAAAGUUGCUGGGGGACAGGAAAAAAUUGUUCCUUCAAUUAUGUUCUUGAUGCCUCCAUGUUCAAUCCUCAGAAUGUGUUUGGGCAUGCACCAUGGACCCCUGUACCAAGCCUGGUUGUACUGUUUCCUGACUGACUAGGGCUUCAAAAGCUCACCCUGUUGGUCUGCUGUGGGGUGACAUAUCUGCAGGGAGGACACAUUUCUCAUUUGGCCAAUCCAGGGUUCAUUUCUGCUCACCCCAUUUUUACUUCGGGGUCUAAAAUCUCUUCUGACUGGUUCACUGUGAGAUCAUGUGUUUGUAGAAGGGUCACUUUUCUCUAUAGGACCAAUCCAGAGAGAGGGGUCAGAAUGGAACUGUUUGGGGUUCACUUCUAGCACUCUAUUUUGACUUAGAGGCUUCAAAUAUUUUCUGAUUCAUCCACGGGGGAUCAUGUGCUCAUAGAGGGGCCUCAUGUCUCUGUAGGGCCAAUCUGGAACCGUAUUUUGGCUUAGAGGACUAAAACCUCACCCAAUUGGUUCACUGGCAUUCAUGUGCUCAUGGGGGGGGGGUCACCUAACAUCCAUUUCCAGGUCAAGACAUCCGAGGUGAGGCUUCCAGGGCUGGACAUCCAUUGAUAUCAAUCAAACUAAAAAGUAUUCUACUGGCAUAUUUUUUAAAAAUGAAGCUACUUCUGUAGAUGAUUUACAUACUUUGAAAAUAUUUUGUUAAAAGAAAAUUAGCAUAAAUAAUUAUGAAAGUCUUGGUUUUUCACAUUUAUUGUAUGUUAUUUAAGAGCUUUUAAAAUGCACCUUAAUACAUGUACCUGGGUUUAAUAAUAAUUACAGCACUGGAUAAAAUUCAAAAUGAUUUUUAAAGGUACUGUGUAAUAUUGCUAACAUUUUCAAGUGUGCUAUUGGUGAUCUGCAAUCCUUCCAUUGUAUAUUAUAUACUGUAAAUUACAAAUUGAAUUUAGUGCCACAAAUAAAAUAAAAGCAAGUUUUACAUGUCAUCUUUGUCUCAGUGUACGAAUCAGGUGGGCAAGGGAUGAUAGUUUCUUUUGGUGGUAUCAAAGAAGCAGUGUUGCAUGUGGUGUGCCAGUGCAUCCCACUGUCAUACCUGAUAAGAAAAAUUCGUAACUUUCUGUAAUGCUGCAAAAGCCUGUUUGACAGGGGUGACAGCAGAAUAAAAAAAAAAGUGUGAUGGACUUUAUUGUAUAUUUGUUUCUCUCUUUCUUUUGCAGAUUAAAUUGAUUUGAGAUUUCAGCCUGUUUUGUGAUAUUUUUGGUGUUAUUUAUUGAUACUGUUGUAGUUUUAUUAUUAUUAUUUUCUGAAUUGUUUUUAU